AUGUCCUCUGUGAGCCCACGGAAGUCGAUUGACAGUAUAGCCUCGGGCGCCUCGACACCGUCGUUGUCGCAGCAGUCCUUUAACCCACUCGAGUCUCCCCGCGUCCCCUCUCAACGAUACCCCCUGAGACGAGGAUCGACCGCCAGUUCCGUCGCGAGCAUUGGGGGAAUUUUGGAUUCUUCCCAGCGUCAUGGAUCGAUAGCAGAAUCCGGUCAAAAUGCUAUCUCUACUCUCCUCCAGCCUCCAAUCGUCCGCACCGGCCUGCUCCCCCAAACGGCAGUCGCCUCGUCCGGAUACAAACCCCCGAGUUCCCGCGAUAUUCCCCCGGUUACAUUGACGAAUAUUCCUCGUGUGGACUCCAAGGCGUUCGCUCCGUACCUAUCGCAAGUUGGGUCACUGUACGAUGUAUUUCAACAGGCCAAGGAGGGGUCCGGCGACCAGGACUCGCAGUUGGCGCGUGGAGGCGACAAGGCUUCUCCUAAGCCGGAUGAAUACGAGUCAUUGAUUUCGCGAUCCCAAGAGCGACGGCCUUCUGGGAUUUCCACCGGCUCCCGCGCAAGCUCGCCUUAUGACACAAGGGGGAGGAGACGGUCUUCCGCUGGCCGAGGCCGUGGUCACGCCGUCACCCCACUGUCCACAAUCCCUCCUGUAUAUUUCGAAGAUGACUUCCACCUUGAAAACCCUCGCACAUUUGAUGUGGUCUCGGAAAAGUCUGAAGUCGUAACACCACCGAAGACUCCAAGCAAGGAUGAUAGACCGGAUAUCCCAAUUGUGGCGGAGCCUCCCCGAACUGGAAGAAAGGCACUUGCCACCAAUGCGAUCCUGCAGGAAAAGCUGUCAUGGUAUAUGGAUACUGUGGAAAUUCACCUUAUUUCGUCUAUCUCGACUGCGUCCAAGUCGUUCUUUACCGCUCUAGGAUCCCUGCGCGAGCUACAUUCAGAGGCUGCUGACUCGGUGAAACGGAUUCAAGUUCUACGAAAGGACCUCCAGAAAAUCGACCGCGAAAUGGCCCUGGGUGGAUUGAAAAUCGUGAACCUGCGACGACGAAGAGAGAACGUCAGGAUGCUUGCCGACGCCGUCUCUCAACUUCGAGAUGUGGUCCAGUCUGUGUCCCGCUGUGAAGAAUUGGUCGACAACGGGGAGAUCGAAGAGGCCGCGGAUGGUCUCGAAGAAGUGGAGAGACUAAUGUCUGGGGAUUUCGUUGUUCAUCGUCCCUCUGAAGAAGAUGAGACGCGAGAACAACCGAGAAAGGCUAUCGAUCUGACAAGACUCAAAGCCCUCGAGGGAGCAUCUGACGACCUGGCGCAGUUGAGAUACCGGAUUGGUAGUGGAUACGAGACGCGCUUCUUAAGUGAUCUUCUUGGCGAUUUGAGACAACAUGUCGAAAACGCACCAUUGGACAUGACACUGCAACGUUGGGGUGCUUCCUUCCAGCGACAACGCGGAGCUCAACGAUCUGCCGCCACAACCUCUCCGGCGUACAUGUCAUUUGAUGAUGAACUGAGAUCGAGAUUACGUUUACACCUCACUGGGCUUGCGCGUGCACAUCACACGACCCCCGCAGCAACCUCUUUCAAGACUGCGGUUCUCCGAGAGAUGAAAAGUCUUAUUCGGAAGCACAUGCCCAGCUCCAGUGACGAUGACAACGAAUCGAUGGUGUCCGUUUCCACCCAUAGAUCGCAGGGGCUAAGCCAACAAGAAAAGUCUUCUAUCCUUGCCCGCAAUCUCCGCGCUAUGGAUGCGGAGGAUGCUUAUAGCAUGGUUGCUCAGAUAUACACGGGCAUCAGCGAGUCGCUACGAAGACUUAGCGUCCAAGUCAAGGUGCUUCUUGAUAUCGCAAGCGGGCUGGGAAAUCCGCCAACCCCUACACUCAAAUCUUCACCUCGCAGCCCCGUUCGACGGUCUACGGAUAGUUCUGAGAACUUGAAACCCAAUCCACGGUUAGAGGCAACAGUGGUCGCACAAGACGAGAUUUUGCAAGUUCUGGAUAUGUCCAGCCUCCUAGGCCAGGCAGUUGACAUUGCUCAGUCACAAAUAAACAAGGUGCUCAAGGUGCGGUCUGAGCAGACUUCGCAAUUGCCCAAGGAAGAUUUCCUCAAGUACUUUACUCUCAACCGUCUUUUCGCCGACGAGUGCGAAGCCAUCUCUGGGCGAAGCGGCACUGCUUUGAAGACAUUGGUUGGUAACCAGAUUAAAGACUACAUCAAACGGUUUGGUGAUACACAGCGCCAUCGCAUUGUCGAAGUGAUGGACGCUGACCGAUGGGACGCCAAAGACUUUGGUGAUUCCGAAAAUGCCGUCCUGGGACGGAUCUUGGAUGCUAGCACCAAAGAUAUCGAGGCUUGGGUGGAAGUGUCCAAAAUUUGGCAGCCCCCGACCGAUGGCCAAGAAAAGUCGGAUGCGGCCGCUGUCAAUGGCUCUGGAAAGGACAAAGUCAGAAGCGCUGUUAUUGAUGAACAGAAGUACAUUCUCUCAGCAUGUGCCAUGGCUAUGAUGAAGAGCAUUGAGGAGUUCCAGUUCCUUAUGGCAAAUAUUCCUAGUAUGAUUCAGGAUAUCGCCCCUGGCCUUUUAGAGACGUUGAAAUUGUUCAACUCCCGGUCCUCCCAACUGAUUCUCGGAGCCGGGGCCACUAGAAGCGCUGGUCUGAAGAACAUCACCACAAAACAUCUCGCCCUGUCUUCGCAAGCCCUGAGUUUCAUCAUAGCGCUAGUACCGUACAUUCGGGAGUUUGUUCGCCGUCACGCCCCAAGCAGCCCGCUGAUGGGCGAGUUCGAUAAGGUGAAGCGUUUGUACCAAGAGCACCAAUCUGGCAUUCAUGAGAAGUUAGUCGACAUCAUGAGCGGUCGAUCCUCCGUUCAUGUUAAUGCCAUGAAGAAAAUCGACUGGAACGCGGUGACCAAUGGUAAUGCCGUCAGCCCGUACAUGGAAACACUGGCCAAAGAAACAGGCACACUGCAUCGCGUUUUGAGCAAGCAUUUGCCCGACAUGACUGUUUCUAUGAUCAUGGAUCCCGUUUUCAAUAGUUACCGGGAACAGUGGACCAAGGCAUUUGAAGAAGUCUCUAUCAGCUCGGAAAGUGGAAAACAAAGAUUGCAACGCGAUGCGGAAUAUUUCCAGUCGAAACUCAGCAAAAUAGAUGGCUUCGGGAACCUGGGCGAGCGUCUGCUUGAAUUAGUCAAGCAGAAAAGCAUCGUGACAGAGGGGCAGGAAUCUCCACCCGACACCGAUGCCUCGAAGGGCUCUCCCAAGACCAGUGAAGAUACCAAAACUUCUUGA